GGUGUUGGAGUGUGAAACGCAGCUAGGUAUCAUGUGAGAGGCUAAUACAUGUUUUAAUUUACCCGCAAACGGAGUAACCGUUGUUAAAUCUGUUUCAGACAUAAAUUAUUAUAAUUAUUAUCAAGAAUUUUCCAUUAGCGGAAAAUCAUUGUAGAGUAAGGAGCUACAGAUACAUAAAGUUUGGUGUUAUACUUAUUUGAUGGUUGCAGUGAAAGGAUAUAUUAAAGUAGGAUUUUGACAUCAAAGAGAACGAGCUACAAUGGUGAAGAAAGCAUCUCUGUAUUUUACGAUAAGGAGAAACUUGUUAUUGCUGCUAACAUUGCUAGGUGUUUUAUUCGGUAUAGGUAUUGGCUUUGCUGUACGAUCAUGUUCUCCAUCGAGUAAUGCCUUAUUAUGGCUUGGUCUACCAGGGCAGCUGUACCUGCGACUUUUAAAGAUGAUGAUAGUUCCACUUAUAGUGUCAAGUGUCAUAACAGGAACUGCGUCUUUAGAUCCUAAAGCAAACGGGAAAAUAAGCAUGGUUGCUUUUGUUUUCGUUUUCAUCACAAACAUGAUUGGAACGAUUCUUGGUGUGCUUGCCUUUUACGCUUUUAGGCCAGGUGUAGAGAGUGGCAAUGCUAACAUACUCAACACAGCUGACACCAAACCAACAGAAACACAAGAUAUAUUUGCAGAUAUGCUAAGAAAUAUCAUCCCUGAUAAUUUAUUUGAAGCAACGUUUCAACAAACUUUGACUAAAUAUAAAUAUGAGAGAAAUUUAGCGAACAUUACUAAUACCACUGCAGGAAACGUAUCCCUUUCCAUAAUUGAGAAGACAAUAGGGAAAACCGACGGCCCAAAUUUACUUGGGUUAAUAUUUGCCUGUACUUUAUUUGGUAUGGCAGCAUCAACAUUGGGUGCUAAAGGGAAGCCACUCAUAGAUGUUUUAGAGGCAUUAACGCAAACAGUAAUAGUCAUUAUUCGAUGGCUUCUAUGGACAACGCCAUUCGGGGUGUUUAGUUUAAUUUUAGUUCCUGUUGCCAGUUUAGAAAACGUUGGUAAUGUGUUUCGUGACCUCGGUAUGUUUAUUGCCGCAGUCGUGGUUGCUUGUGUGAUUCAGCAACUCCUCGUCAUGCCUUUGGUUUUAUUCAUAACAACCCGACGCAAUCCAUACAAACAUCUUUCUGCCAUAUCGAGACCGUGGCUUAUUGCCUUUGCUGCUUCUAGCACGGCUGUUGCAAUACCAGAAAUGUUAACAAGUUGUGAAGUUCACCUCACAAUAGACAAAAGAAUUGCACGAUUCACCAUUCCUUUAAGCGUAACCAUAAGUGCCAAUGGAAGUGCUGUCUUCAUUGCAUGUUCCUGUCUCUUCCUUUCUAGUAUAUCCGGGAUGCCAACAACAGCUGCUACUCUUCUUACCAUAGGAUUUCUCACAACGAUGUCUGCUUUAGCAAUACCCUCCGUACCAAGUGCAUCAAUUGUUACCAUAGUAAUGAUACUGUCAUCUUUAAAUGUUUCACUGGACGCUAUAGCCCUUUUGUUAGCAGUGGAUUUUUUUCUUGACCGUGUUAGGACAACAAGUAGUGUUGUAAGCCACACAAUGUGUGCAGCCGUCACUCAUCACCUAUGUAAGGACAGGCUGACCGACUUAGAAACAAUAGAUGAAGGGGACGUUGAACUGACGAUUGAGCAGCAGGAAAAUCUACUUGCAGAAAAACAUCUGUCUGGAAAGAAAGAAAAUAUUGAAUUAACGGAUGCAUAUUGAAUUAACCAGUUUAGAACAGAUUUUACUUUUUAAUGAUUUUAUUGCAGUGUGUCUAAAUCGCAUGUACUAUCAUUUCAUAUUGACAAAUUUCUGAUGAUUUCAAUUCAAUUUCAAUAGUUGUGUCCAUAUUCAAUUUACUUUUGCAUUUCAUUGUCAUUUUAAAUAUUCUAGUUAUAAAUUGAAUGUACUUUUUCUUUCUAAAUGUUUCUAAUACAAUUAGAUUUAUCUGA